AUGAAAAGUUAUACAAAAUUACAAUGUUUUUUAACUGUGUUAUUAUUAUGUUUUGUGAAUUCGGGAUACAAUAUAGAAAUACUAGUAUCAUGUGAAGGUAAUAUUUGCCGGACCGGUGAUGGAGAAACUUCCUACUCCAUUUGUAAGAAUUUUGAAAAUUGUUCAGUUUCAAUCGAAGAAAUUAAGAAAAAUAUUUAUCCAAUAUGCUCUUUCUACGGAAAAACUCCAAUAGUUUGUUGUCUAGCAAGCAUAAGUCCAGUUUUGAAAACAUAUUCUGCCACGGAAAAGUGUAGAGAGUAUUCAGAAUUAAUUUAUUUUAAAAGAAAAUUCCCAUUAUUAACAUUAAAUGAGGAAAAUUACAUCACAAUAACUGAUUGCUAUGAUGCCAAUUCUUUAAUUAGCGGCGGGGAAAAUGCUGAACCAAAGGAAUUUCCUCACAUGGUAUUGUUGGGUUAUGGUGAAAACCCAAGCAAUGAUUCAUGGUUUUGUGGAGGAUCACUGAUAAGUAAUAGAUAUGUACUAACAGCAGCCCACUGUGAAAAAAUCAAUACUAUGAAACCGUCAUAUGUUAAAUGGGCUCGCUUAGGUGAACUAGACUAUAACUCAGAAACUGCAGACUAUAAACCUACAGACUAUAAAAUAGUAAAACGCAUAAUACACCCAAAUUACAAAUCACCUUCUCUGUACAAUGAUAUAGCAUUGUUACGUUUAGAAAGAGAUGUAAAUUUCUCGGCAUAUGUACGACCUAUUUGCCUAAAUACAGAUAUAUUAACACCUUCAGCAGUAAUGGCUACUGGUUGGGGAAAAACGGCUUUAGAUGAAAGCGUUAGCACACAUUUAUUAAAAGUACGGUUAAACACUAUUUCGACGGAAGAGUGCAAUAAUAGUUUCUUAUACAUGCCAAACAAAAUUAAUAAAUUAGCAAAAGGAAUAGAUGAAAACUCAAUGUUGUGUACUGGAAAAACAGAAAAUCAAAAUGACACUUGUAGUGGUGAUUCAGGCGGGCCAAUUCAAAUAAAACACAAUAGUUACAAAUGUAUGUAUUCACAAAUAGGAAUAACAUCAUUUGGACAAAUGUGUGGAAAUGAAGAUUCGUCUUCUGCUUUUACACGAGUAUCGAAUUAUAUUUCAUGGAUUGAAGAGAUCGUCUGGCCAAAAAUGUAA